UGCCUUUCACGGUUUUUAGCCCUGAGUCUGUGAAUUUUGAAACUUACUUUUUACUUUAAAUCUAUAUCCUUUCACAUUCUGGUCUGGGAGGAUUUGGUCUUGAAUCCUCCACCAUGAGUCAGACCCUGGAUAAAGAAACUGGAACCCAGGGUGCUGGUCGUCGAAGAGGCAGGUGGUAACAAGAAAAGUUGAGACCCUGAGUCCCACAGAGGGACCCUCAGCCCCUCCACCCAAGAUUUACCCCGAGAUUGAGGAGCCGCCCGAUUGGCCAGCUCCCAUGCCUCCCCCAUACCCCCAGGACCCCGAUGAUGCUGGCGCUGGUGCCCUGGCAAGGGGACCGGUGGCUAGAACCCGCAGCAGGAGGGCUCAGAGCCCUGAAGGGCCUGACUCGACCACCACCCUUCCAUUGCGGUUGUUUGGGCCACCUGUGGACCCCCCCUGGGAUCCAACCCCUACAGUAUUGGCCUUUUUCAUCAGCUGAUCUUUAUAACUGGACGACUAACCAUCCCUCUUUCUCUGAGAACCCAGCCGGCCUUACAGGCCUUCUGGAAUCCCUAAUGUUUUCCCACCAGCCUAUGUGGGAUGGUUGCCAGCAAUUGUUACAGGUCCUUUUCACUACUGAAGAGGAGGAGAGGAUCUUGCUGGAAGCCAGGAAAAAUGUCCCCGGGAACGGAGGUGUACCUACCAACCUCCCCAAUGAGAUGGAUGUCGGAUUUCCCCUGAACCGCCCGAACUGGGACUACAACACAGCCGAAGGUAGGGAGCGGUCAACCGUCUAUCGCCGGGCUCUGGUAGCAGGUCUCAAAGGGGCAGCGCGGUGCCCCACUAAUUUGGCCAAGGUAAGAGAGGUGAUGCAGGGGCCUGCUGAGCCCCCUUCAGUGUUUCUUGAGCGCCUGAUGGAGGCCUACAGAAGGUAUACCCCGUUUGACCCCACGGCCGAGGGUCAGGCGGCAGCAGUAGCCAUGGCCUUUAUAGGUCAGUCGGCCCCCGAUAUUAGAAAGAAACUCCAGAAAAUAGUGGGACUGCAGGAUUAUACCCUACAGGACUUAGUAAAGGAAGCAGAGAAAGUGUAUCAUAAGAGAGAGACAGAGGAAGAAAGGAUGGAGAGAGAAAAGAGAAGGUCCGCAAGUGGCAUGGACAACCCUGCCAUGGCCUUAACCCUGAAUUUAGAAGAUGAGUACUAG